AGCCAUCCUGCUCCCUUUCAUCUUGCCACAGCUUCAUCUUUACCUUUCAGAGUUGUCCCCCUAUUGCUCAGUGCAACUCCUGGGCAACUGGUUUUUGUCCAUAAGCCCAUUUGUGUGCUUGCAGCUAGAGUGCUGGGAAUGUUUGCCCUUGUCAGAUCUGUCCCCCUCAUUCAGCCAGCUACAGAGCCUGACAGAUCUAGGCUUCCUGCCAAUGCUUUUGUGGUGCUGUGGUCUCUCAAGCAAAAAGCCACUCUUUUCUGUAGGUAGCACAGGCUGACAGAUGUUUUGACUUCUGCUUUUGUCCCUGCCUGGCUGUCUUGGAGACAGAAAAGGCACACUGAAUCUAGCGCAGAUGGGAGAGAUGUCUGCUGGGACCUACCAAAGUUCACACGAAAACUGGAAGGAAGAUAUUAGUGCCAUCUUUAUUCCAUCCCUACCUCCAUCCCCAGCUUGACAUGCUACAGGGAGGAGCCACUCUUGGUCCCUGGUUUGCUGGUUGUGGAGAGGCCACCUUGUCAACUGGGCUCGCGUCAGGUGCUCUGAGCUCCCAUUCCUGCAUCAGAACUGAAGAGGUGCAGCAUGGCUCACAACUGCCUGCAGUGUAUCAAGUACCUAAUGUUUGUCUUCAACCUCCUGUUCUGGACUGUACUUUCCUGAGUCUUCAGAAGAAGAACCUGGGGCCAUUGAACCAGAGGACCUGUGUAUCCCCAAGAGGAUUCUGUCACCAAGGAAGUUUGGGAGGCUGUGGAAUCCUUGGAGUAGGCAUCUGGCUGGCUGUUACCCAAGGGAACUUUGCCACCCUCUCCUCUUCUUUCCCAUCCCUUUCAGCUGCCAACCUACUGAUCGUCACAGGGACAUUUGUCAUGAUCAUUGGCUUCGUGGGCUGCAUAGGUGCCAUCAAAGAAAACAAGUGCCUCCUGCUGAGUUUUUUUAUCAUGCUGUUAAUUAUAUUUCUGUUGGAGCUCGCUGUUGUGAUUCUGUUCUUUGUCUACACCGACAAGAUUGACAAGUAUGCUCAGCGGGAUCUGAAGAAAGGGCUUCAUUUGUAUGGGACAGAUGGAAAUAUUGGCCUAACUAAUGCAUGGAGCAUCAUUCAAACCGACUUCAGAUGCUGUGGAGUCUCCAACUACACUGACUGGUUUGAAGUGUACAAUACUACCCGGGUGCCGGAUUCCUGCUGCUUAGAAUUCAGUGAGAACUGUGGACUCCAUUCCCCAGGGACCUGGUGGAAAGCGCCUUGCUAUGAAACAGUGAAAAUAUGGCUCCAGGAAAACUUACUAGCAGUGGGAAUCUUUGGAUUGUGCACAGCUAUGGUGCAGAUUCUCGGACUCACCUUUGCAAUGACCAUGUAUUGUCAGGUAGUCAAGGCAGACACCUACUGUGCAUAGAUACCAUUCCCAAUCUUUCUGCUCCUCCUCCAAAGGACACAGGAGAAAUCUCCUUCAUGCUCAUUCAUCUGACUUCCCCCCCCCCCCCUUUGUACUAUAAACUGUGUAUAGUGCUAUCUUUCUGAAGAUUUUGUGAAUCACCCCACUUUACUGAAAGAGGAAGAAAAGAAAAAGUCAGUACUUGAACUGGCACAGGUAAGAAGCAGCCUUGUCUUUAAACAGAAGAAAACCUCCGAAGAGCAAUGGUUCCUUUUCUAUGGCCUAUGGCAAAGCAAAGGAGGCUGCUUAUGAGGGGCUGAUCUGCAAACCAAUGUUAGGAAAAGAUUGCACUGAGGCAACCUCUGCAAAACCUGCCAGGUUGCCUUCCCGCAUUUCAUGGUCCAGAAGAGAGGGCAUAGAAAAUGAGUAUUCUUCAGCAUGGAAAGAAGGUACAGAGUAGCUAGUGCUGAAUGCAAUUGUAAUUUUACUACAGUUUGCACUCAGCUAAAAUGUCAAGAUCAAGCAGCCCUGCCUCCAAGUGUCUCAAGAUGAUUUUGUAGCCAUGAGAGGAUCAUCUUCAGAAAUGUGUUAUUUUAAAGGAGUAUUUUUAAUCUUAUGCGCUGCAAAGUCAGGCUUUUAAUCAUAAUCUGUACAGUGAGAUCUGGCUGUUAAGGGAAAACAAUAUUGGACGUUGUCUCACUUAUUAAUUGCCAGUGGCAUAUAGAUGCUUGACUGUAUAUGUAAUAUAUAUUACAUUCAUAUACACAUACUGUUCUGAAAGGAGGUGAAAUACCCAGCAUCUAACCUCAGAAAGAGGGAACCUUUCUAUCCCAUUUUACAUUCCAACUGAAAUAACCAAGUAUUAUUUCUUGUAGGAAGCACUAUCACUUAUACCUCUGGGAAACAAGUAAUUACUUUCAGCUGUAUCUUCAUUUCAGUAAACAACUUGUGAGCAGGUUCUCUCUGUCAUUCUACUAUGGUUUUAUUUUUUAUCAUCCCUGUUUCAAGUUAGUUUACCAAAAAAUAACACUCAUUUCCACACCUGAAGAUCAUACAAAGCUGUCAGCUGUUCCUUCCCUGAAUGUGUCACCUUUUCAUUAAUUUACUUUGGGAUAUCAUCAUCUGCAGGUAUGAUAGAGUUGCCUUGUUGAGGAAAAAUCUUUUGCACUUUGCCCAUUUUUCUGGGAGUUAUUAAGACUUCAGAUGUUUUUAUGCUUAGCUUUUUCCGUGCCCCCCCCCCCCAACUGCACGCUUACAACAGCCAAGACACAUCAGUCUUUGUUAGAACUGGAGUCACCUCUCAGUUCUGCUUUUCAAACCCAUCUUCCUCUGCCUGGCUGUUGGCUAGAAUAUGCCCCACACUUUCUAGAAUUUGCAGAAAUCAAAAUCAUAACUUUCCUUAGCCAGAAACAGCCACCAAUUUCCCCACCCUGCAUUGGUAACAGAAGUAAUUUAUGUAGCACCCUUCUUUGCACGCUCUCUCAUCAUGAGGUCAAGAAUCAGAUGUUUCCUAUUGUUCAAACAAACAAUUCCCCAUCAGCAAGCAGCUGCAGAUAUUGCACAUGUGACAGGGAGAAGCUGAAGCACCCCAGGGAAAGGACACAGCAGGGAAGAGGCAAACAGAGCAAUGCAGCUGGCCUGCUCCCUGCAGCCAGCCCUUGAGGACCACUCAGCCACUGACGAUAGGACCAGAAAGACAACCAUGGUGCCCCUGUUUUCCCAGAAAGCUCAAUGCAGCCAUUCCUACUGUGACAGACUAAAAGCAUGCAUUAAGUUCAGGCAAAAAAAGUUACCCUGUACCUUUACUGCUUACAACAGCAGGACUCAGCUAUGAGUGACAUUUUGCUUACUUUGAUUUAAAGGCAAUGGCCAGCAGUAAAACUGGACUCACCAACUCACAGCCUAUCGAACAAUCUCCUUAACACCCGUUAAGUAACACUUUUCUGGACCUGCACCAUUGACAAAUACUACUCCCACUGCUUAGGUUUUGGGUUUGUUUUUUUUUCCUCUUUCUUUGCUGAUUUCCUGCAGUCAUCUCACCCCCUUAGGCUCCAUGUUUUGUGGGGAAGUGCUUAGGACAGUCUGGUGUGUGAAAGAGCAAGUAUCUUCCAAAAUCUUACCCCCCACCUUUACACAUCAACCUCUGUAGCAUAGGGCAUUUAGCUGUGUGGGCUAAGUUGAAAGUAACAUAGUCCUUGCACACAUUUUAUGUGGCUUCCCAAUCACUCACUAUCACAGCAGCCACCACCACUAAAGGAUUUUACUGCCAUGCUAACAAGCCUUGACAAAUGUUAACAGACCUCAACCCAAGACAGAGGUUAAACUGAGUGAGUAGCCCACACACAGGCACCCUGCACCCCAAGCAAGAGACACUCUGGGUGUUACAAUCUCCAGUCUCAAUGCUGUCUGCUUCCUCAGCCCAGGCUGACCUGGCAACAGUCCUGCUCUUCAAAAGAUGGUGUAAGUUCAUUCCUUCCCUCUCUCCACUACGUUCCUUUCUUACCUGCAUAGACAUGAUUCCAGGUUAGAUGUACCAUUAGUUCUUGCCAUGGUUUAUAGUUUGUACACACAGGUGCUCCUGCUGACAGCUCAGAGCUUCCACCACUGAAAAGCAGCAUAACAGAGUGAUGAAUACAUUAAUAAAACAUCGAUUUUUAAGAAAGAUAAAAGGUAGACAAGUCUAUUUGUAGUGAUCCCUGCCAUUAAAAAUUAACACAGAGACAGCAGGCUGCUGAUGGCUCAGCUGAUAAGAUUAAACCGUUGUGCAGCAGAGCUCCCGCAGAGGGCAACUCUCAUCAAUUUGCCUGGUGGUGGGAGAAGACAGCUCACAAACCUGCAUCUUGUGAUUCCCCCAAUAAUUAUGUGCUGAGCUCGCUCUUAGAAAAGCCUGCUAGACUUCAGCUAAAUCUACAGAAGAAACAAAGUGAGAAAGAGAGACUGAAGAAAAGUCACACUUUGUAGCUCCCUCUAAUUAUUUUCCACAGUUCAGGUGUCUUUACAACAAGAUAAACAUCGGUUUUCCAAAAACAGGUAUCUAUAAGGAGUAUAAGCAAUAUUCAUUUUGUAAAUCCCAGUCACUGCAACAGAAACAUACAGCACUAACUGCUGAAAAGAAAGAAAGGAGAAAAAAACCACCCAACCCAGAAAAACCCUGCAACCCAAAACAAACACCCAGACCACACAUGGCUGCUAAUAAUUCUUUUUUUAAAUACUACCCUUACACUGCCAACUGAGAUGCUACUGCAACUUGUUUAUAACUUGAACCAGACUAUUUUGUAUAUUUGAUGUUAUUAACUCUGUACAGACAGGCCAAGCAGAUGUUAUGGUGCUUAAAGCAUUACCAGCACAAUCCAAUUUCAAACCUCUGAACAUACUGCAUAUAACAAGCCUCAGACUUAGCAUAUUUUCUUUUUAAAAGCAUUGCAUACUUUCUCUGCUGACAAGGACAGAAUAUUUUGUGGUAUGUAACAGCAAGAAUCUUUUUUUAAAAA